AUGGUGUUGCUAGUGCUUUUUAAACUAGUGCUUUGUGUUGCAGUAUUGGCUGUGGGUGCAUUAGCUUCAGCUGAGCCAUCUGUUAUCAUUCGUUUCCAUGGAGCUCCUCCAAAACACUCGAGGUUCACUGAUGCUGUUUUCCAAUAUUCAGUACAGAGGCCGGAUGGUGGCAAUGCUUGUAAGAAGAAUGCCUGUUCUUUUUCCUGUGAGCUUGAUGGGCAAACUUUGGGAUCAUGUCCAGCUGAUGCUAUAGUGUUGAAGAACUUAACUGUGAAUCACAAACACAGUUUUCUUCUCAAGGUCACAACCCAUGAUGGAGAGAAAAACUCUUCUUCUUAUUCAUGGUUCAUUGAUACAGUUCCACCAACCGCAACUAUAUUUAGCGACAAAAAUUACACAAAUGCUGCAAAAGUGACCAUUGAUGUCACAUUCAGUGAAGCUUGCACUGGAAUGGGUGGCUUCAAAUGUGUAAACUCAUCUAAUUGUGAUGUGUUAUUACAGGGUCCAGCUUAUGUUCAAGGUUCUUCACUACACAUGAUGAAACCUAACUUAGAAUAUAGACUUGACAUAUUUCUUUCGUCGACGAGUAUAUAUGGGCGAGUGAUUGUUAGAAUGGCAGACAACUUUUGUACAGACAAGGCUGGAAACACUUUUAAAAGGACAAAAGGUUCCAUUGUUGUUAUUCACUUUGAUAGAAGACCAGUGUUGGUGGAUUUAUGGAUGCCAGUUCCAUCAUAUGUGUUAAAGAUCAAUGGAUUCCCAAGAACUGUUAUGGCAACUAACAAAAUGGAGGACUUGAAAAUUUUCUUGGAUUUCAGCAUUCCUGUAAUGAAUUCAACAGAAGAACUCCUCAAUGCCUUGCAUGUGAAUUAUGGCAAUAUAUCGCCGAUCAGAAAUCAUGGGAAUCGUAAAUUCAUUUUUCAACUCAGAAACUUAUCAAAGACUGAAACCAUCACAGUUGAACUAGAAGCUGGGUUAGUUAUUAGCAGGACAGGCACCUCUGUCUCACCCGUCGCAGCGCUUACAGUACUUUAUGACUCAACAAAGCCUGAGGUGGGGCUAAGUACCAGCUCACCAAACGUGACGAAGGCAUCCAACAUCAAUGUGAUAGUUGAGUUUACAAAGCCAGUUUUUGGCUUUGAGGCUUCCAUGGUAGAAGUAGGAGGAGGAAAACUUACAAGGUUCCAGGAACUUUCAAGGGCUCUAUACUCUCUCACUGUCCUUGCUACAACUCCAGGCAUGGCUUUCAUCAGUAUUCCUGCAGGGAAAGUAAAUGACAUUUCAGGAAAUCAAAAUUUGGCCUCUAACCAACUUCAAGUGAACCACUACUCAACACCUGCAAUAUCAAUGGCACUGCACUCCUUUGUUACGGUUGGAGUAUUAGCAACAUCACUAGCAGCUGCUGCACUUUCUCUUUCCUCAGCAAAUCUUGGCUCAAUAGGCACUCUUGCCUCAGGAAAUACAAAUAAUGUUGCUUCCAGUCCAUCAAUGAAUCUACAUGGAUUGUAUGGGCACCUUCAAGUGUUUGUUCUCUCAGAUUGGCUAUCAAAUAACCAGCCAAUUGAAUAUUCAGAGACAACAAAAGGUCUUAGAUGGCUCAUACCUCGUCGAAAGCUUCCAUGGAAAAAGGAUGGCACUUCAACAUGGCCCAACCAUGAUUAUAUGGUUGAAGAAAAUCUCCAUAUAUUAUCCCUCAGAUUUCCUUAUCACACAAGGGGAUAUUCUCAGUUUGAUAUAAAUGCCAGUGAUCUUCCCAAAGUAAAAGAUCAGAAACCCUUUCUUACAGAGAUAGACCCAAAUGUUGCUUGGCUUCAUCAACACAAUAUGAGCAUGAAAAGUUCUCCAUAUGGGUUACCACUUAAUUCAAGAGAAUAUUUCACUUACUUCUUGAGAGGAGAGCCAUUGUCUGCCAGCAAUGUUGUGAAGAGAAUGGAGAAUUACAAAGGGUGGGAAGACUUGGAGAUGAACUUGUUCUGGCUUGGGGUGGGCGGAGGCAGUUUACUUAUACUUCAUGUUCUAAUAUUACUUUUUCUGAGAUGGAGAAUAGGAGCACCAGCUCAUGGGAUACUUUCAGUUCCCAGGUUUGAGCUUCUGCUUCUAAUUCUCACAUUACCUUGUAUCUCUCAGUCAUCAGCAUUUGUUAUGAGAGGGGAAACGAUGUGGGGAAUCAUCACUGGGGCUUUGUUGCUGGUAAUUCCAGCAGGACUUAUUUUAUCAGUUAGCCUUUUUCUUGUAGUUGCUAUCUUCCCUGGGGGUUUUGCUCAGUAUAAGGAAAUUAGGCAGGUGGAUAUAACAGAAUCAUGGCAUACAAAGCUGUGGCUCUUCGUAGUUGGGAGGCCGACGACGGGAAAAUGGUUUUUUAGGGAAGGGCUGCCAUCAACUUUCCUUCCAAGAUUUGGAAUUCUUUUUGAGGAUAGAAAGGGUCCUCCUUUGAUUGUCUUUGUUGACCAGAAUGACGCAAGAACCAUACCCAACUGGACUGAAAGUGGCAGAAGUGGGAUAGGAAGAAUGAGAGCUCUCAGCUCAGAAGAGAGCUGUGAAGAAAUCAAAGUGCCCUUAUCAAGGAGAAUUUUGGGGUGUGCUAGAUCUCUCUACAUUGUUCUUGAUCUUUUAAGAAGAGUAUGCUUAGGAAUAAUAUCUGGAGCUUGCUCUACUCAAACAUCUAGGGACAGCCUUUUUGCAUUGGUAGUAACACUCUUACAGUUCAUUUGCUUGUUCGCUCUCAGACCAUUCAUCCGAAGAGGAGUCCAUGUGGUAGAGAGUAUUUCUCUGUUAUGUGAAGUGGGUAUUUUUGGUUUGUCAAUUGCUAUAAACAGUUUAAGUCCAACUGAAGCAAGAACUCAGGGAUAUAUAAUGUUGGCUCUCCUCUUCAUAACCUUUAUUGCUCAAAUUAUAAAUGAGUGGUAUGCCCUGAUAAGAUUCAUUUUAAGACUCUCUCGGCCAAAGAAGAAUUCUUUUAGGCUUGGGUUGAAGUUUGCUGCUAAGGGUUUUGUGUUGCCUUUCCUUCCAAGGAAGCACUGGUCAAGCAUCAUCCCUAGUUCCUCUCAACCAAAAACAGGCCUAUCUGUCAUCCCUUUAAGUCCAGAAGCAGAAUUUGGAAGAAGAGAUACAACAGCAUCCAUUGCAGGACCAUACAGUGCCAUGACUGCAACAGUGGUUCCUGUGCUCAGUCCUGGUUCACCACCAGGCCUGAAUGUUACCCAGAUAACAAGUUCCCCAACUGCAGAAGCAACCCUUACAGGGCAGAGUUCAGGGGAAGGAAAACGGUUGAAGGAACUGAAAUUAGAGCGAAAGAAUGAGUUGAAGAAGCUCAGGGAGUUAGCAAAGGCAAGCUUCUCAGGCAUUUCGAAAGGCGAGGAAGGUACGAGUAGAAGCUUCAGAACUAGGGACCAAUAUUUCUCUCUUGAAUCCUCAUAUGAUCCUCAAGCCUCUACUUCAAAAACCAGAUACUAAUGUGAAAUUUGUUUGGCUGACAAAGGACAUCUAAAUAUUACUUCAUUUAACUGUAAACAGCUAAACAUCUUUCUUGUUCGUCGAUUCCUGACUUGGCCUAGGUAUUCUGUGACAAUUCAAAUAUCUUGUAGAGUAGAUUUCCUUCCCA